AUGGCAGAUAAUGCGGAUGAUAUCGAAUCUGGAGAUGUCUCAGAUCAUACUGCUUCUGAGGAGGAAGCAGUGGAACUAAUACAAGAAAAACGUGAUUUAGAACCAAGUUUAUACGGAAUUAAACCAGCACUCAAGGACAAGUUUAAUAUUCCAGCCAUCAGAGAACUUAUAUUAUCUAUUCUUCACAGUACUCUGGAUGGCCAAAUUUAUUUGCCACAUACUGCCAAAACAAUUACAAUAGAUCUUGCUAAUGCAAUAAAUAAUUCCAUUAAAGGUUUGCAGCAGAGCCGUUAUAAGCAUAUAGUACAGGUGGUUUUAGGCGAACAGAAAGGGGCAGGAGUGAAAACAGCCAUGCGAAGUUUGUGGGAUAUUGAAUGUGAUACAUAUGUAUCAGAAGAAUAUAAAAAUCCAUCAUUAUUUUGUUUAGUAGCUGUUUUUGGUAUUUAUUUCUACUGAAUAUAUAAAAAAAUAGAUAG